AUGUCUUCGACUCAGGGCAAUGGGGAACACUGGAAGUCCCUGGAGUCGGUGGGCAUCAGCCGCAAAGAGCUGGCCAUGGCCGAAGCCCUGCAGAUGGAGUAUGAUGCACUGUCCCAGCUCCGGCACGACAAGGAGGAGAACAGAGCCAAGCAGAGCACAGACCCCACUCUCAUCAGCUGGGACGAGCCCGUCCUAGACUUCUACAGCAAGCCGUCGGGGAGGCAGAAGGACCUUAAGCUCUUACGCGGUCUUUCUGGCUCUGAUCCUACCCUCAAUUACAACUCGCUGUCCCCACAGGAAGGGUUAGCCAACCACUCUACCUCCCAGGGCUCCCAGCCUGGCCCAGAUCCCUGGCCCAAAGGCUCUCUGGCUGGAGACUAUCUCUAUAUUUUUGAUGGUUCAGAUGAAGGGCUUUCUUUGUCCCCAGGACCAGGAGAUAUAGAUGGCUCCUCCAAGAAACUGUCCCCACCUCCUUUGCCACCCCGAGUCUCUAUCUGGGACACCCCUCCCUUGCCUCCCAGAAAGGGGUCUCCCUCAUCCUCCAAGAUCUCCCAGCCCAAUGACGUCAACACUUUUUCUUCGGUCGAGCACCCUCCAGGCAAACUGCUAGGGCGUCGCAUCCUAGAAGAGGACGAGGAGCUGGGGGGUGGGGGUCCGGGACGCCUCCUGGGGCCUGUGGACUAUGACGGUAUCAAUGAUGCGAUUACACGGCUCAACCUGAAGUCAACCUACGAUGCAGAAAUGUUGCGUGACACCACCAGGGGCUGGAAGGAGGGCCGGGGGCCCCUGGACUUUGGCAAGGACACUCCCGGAAAACCCGUGGCCCGGAGCAAGACCAUGCCCCCUCAGGUGCCGCCCCGAACCUAUGCCUCCCGCUAUGCCAACCGAAAAAAUACGACACCUGGCAAGAACCGCCGGAUUUCCGCUGCUCCGGUGGGCUCCCGGCCCCAUGCUGUCACCAAUGGCCAUGAGUUGUUUGAGGUCUCAGAGGAGAGAGAUGAGGAAGUUGCUGCGUUUUGCCACAUGCUGGAUAUCCUUCGAUCUGGCUCUGACAUCCAAGACUACUCCCUCACCGGAUAUGUCUGGAGUGCUGUCACCCCCAGCCCCGAGCACCUUGGGGAUGAAGUCAACCUGAAGGUGACCGUGUUGUGUGACAGCCUACGGGAGCCACUCACUUUUACCUGCAACUGUUCUUCCACGGUAGACUUGCUCAUCCAUCAGACCCUGUGCUACACCCAUGACGAACUGAGAGAUGUGGACGUGGGGGACUUUGUGCUGAAGCCCUGUGGGCUGGAGGAGUUCCUGCAGAACAAGCAUGCCCUGGGCAGCCAUGAGUACAUUCAGUACUGCCGCAAGUUUGACAUCGACAUUCGACUACAGCUGAUGGAGCAGAAAGCUGUACGCAGUGACCUGGCCCGGACGGUGAAUGAUGACCAGAGCCCCUCCACCUUGAACUACCUCGUCCAUCUGCAAGAGAGGCCAGUCAAACAGACCAUCAGCAGGCAGGCCCUGAGUCUUCUGUUCGACACAUACCACAACGAAGUUGAUGCUUUCCUGCUGGCUGAUGGGGACUUCCCACUGAAGGCCGACAGGGUGGUCCAGUCCGUCAAGGCCAUCUGCAACGCCCUAGCCGCCGUAGAGACCCCUGAGAUCACCAACGCCCUCAACCAGCUGCCCCCCUGCCCCUCCCGCAUGCAGCCUAAAAUUCAGAAGGAUCCCAGUGUCUUGGCUGUGAGGGAAAACCGAGAGAAGGUCGUGGAAGCUCUAACAGCUGCCAUCUUGGAUCUGGUGGAGCUAUACUGCAGCACUUUCAAUGCCGACUUCCAGACAGCCGUGCCCGGGAGUCGCAAGCACGAUCUGGUCCAGGAGGCCUGCCACUUCACCGGGCCCCUGGCCUUCACCGUCUAUGCCACCCACCGCAUCCCCAUCACCUGGGCCACCAGGAUCUGCUUCCCUGUGCAGGUGAACCGGCUGCCUCGGGAGACCCUGCUGUGUGCCACGCUCUAUGCUCUGCCCAUCCCCCUGCCUGGGAGCUCCUCUGAGGCCAAUAAGCAGCGGCGUGUGCCCGAAGCCCUGGGCUGGGUCACUACCCCGCUCUUCAAUUUCAGGCAAGUCCUGACCUGUGGUCGGAAGCUUCUGGGCUUAUGGCCAGCAACACAGGAAAACCCCAGUGCCCGUUGGAGCGCGCCUAAUUUCCACCAGCCAGAUAGCGUCAUCCUGCAGAUUGACUUCCCCACCUCAGCCUUCGACAUCAAGUUCACCAGCCCCCCUGGAGACAAGUUCAGCCCCCGCUAUGAGUUUGGCAGCCUCCGAGAGGAAGACCAGCGUGUGCUUAAGAACAUCAUGCAGAAGGAGUCCUUGUACUGGCUCACUGAUGCUGACAAGAAGCGCCUGUGGGAGAAGCGAUACUAUUGCCACUCGGAGUGGACCCACAUGAACCACCAGGAUGCCCUGGGGCUCCUGCAUGCCACCUUCCCGGACCAGGAGGUGCGUCGUAUGGCCGUCCAGUGGAUCGGCUCACUGUCGGAUGCUGAACUCCUCGACUACUUGCCGCAGCUCGUGCAGGCCCUGAAGUAUGAGUGCUACCUGGACAGCCCCUUGGUGCGAUUCCUCCUGAAACGAGCCGUCUCGGACUUGAGAGUGACCCACUACUUCUUCUGGUUGCUGAAGGAUGGCCUCAAGGACUCUCAGUUCAGCAUCCGCUACCAAUAUCUGCUGGCAGCCUUGUUGUGCUGCUGUGGCAAGGGGCUGAGAGAGGAAUUUAACCGCCAGUGCUGGCUUGUCAACACCCUGGCUAAGCUGGCCCAGCAGGUCCGAGAGGCUGCCCCAUCUGCACGGCAGGGGAUCCUCCGCACGGGCCUGGAGGAGGUGAGGCAGUUCUUUGCCCUCAAUGGCUCCUGCCGCCUGCCACUCAGCCCUAGUCUGCUGGUUAAGGGCAUCGUGCCCAGGGACUGUUCCUACUUCAACUCCAACGCCGUCCCCCUCAAGCUCUCCUUCCAAAACGUGGAUCCCCUGGGUGAGAACAUCCGUGUCAUCUUCAAGUGCGGGGACGACCUUCGCCAGGACAUGCUAACCCUGCAGAUGAUUCGCAUCAUGAGCAAGAUCUGGGUCCAAGAGGGGCUGGAUAUGCGCAUGGUCAUUUUCCGCUGCUUCUCCACUGGCCGGGGGAGAGGGAUGGUGGAGAUGAUCCCCAAUGCUGAGACGCUGCGCAAGAUCCAGGUGGAGCACGGGGUGACCGGUUCCUUCAAGGACCGGCCCCUGGCAGACUGGCUGCAGAAACACAACCCCGGGGAGGACGAGUAUGAGAAGGCUGUGGAGAACUUCAUCUACUCCUGUGCUGGCUGCUGCGUGGCCACGUACGUCUUGGGCAUCUGUGACCGGCACAAUGACAAUAUCAUGCUGAAGACCACGGGCCACAUGUUCCACAUAGAUUUUGGCCGCUUCCUGGGCCAUGCACAGAUGUUUGGCAACAUCAAGCGGGACCGUGCCCCCUUUGUCUUCACCUCGGAUAUGGCGUAUGUCAUCAACGGGGGUGACAAGCCUUCCAGCCGCUUCCAUGAUUUUGUUGACCUUUGCUGCCAAGCCUACAACCUCAUUCGCAAGCACACCCACCUCUUCCUCAACCUUCUGGGCCUGAUGUUGUCCUGUGGGAUCCCCGAGCUCUCAGACCUGGAGGACCUCAAAUAUGUGUAUGAUGCUCUGAGGCCUCAGGACACAGAGGCCAAUGCUACUACCUACUUCACUAGGUUGAUUGAGUCCAGCCUGGGCAGUGUAGCCACAAAGCUCAAUUUCUUCAUCCAUAAUCUGGCUCAGAUGAAAUUCACAGGCUCAGACGACCGGCUGACCCUUUCCUUUGCCCCCCGAACACACACGCUCAAGAGCUCUGGCCGCAUCAGUGAUGUCUUCCUCUGCCGCCACGAGAAGAUUUUCCACCCCAACAAGGGCUACGUUUAUGUGGUGAAGGUGAUGCGAGAGAAUGCUCACGAGGCCACUUACAUCCAACGGACGUUUGAAGAGUUCCAGGAAUUACACAAUAAGCUGCGGCUGCUCUUCCCUUCUUCCCUUUUGCCCAGAACAACUUCCAAGUCGCUGCCGUCGCCGCGGGAGGGCUCUAUCUAUGGUGGAGAGGCCUCGGGCGGACUAGGACGCCUUCUUCCCGCCAGGAUGAAUGUCGUCUCGGCCGCUACGUCCUGCGCCUGCCGUUCCGGACUGUGGUCUGCCGCCCGCGGCGGAAGCCGCUUCCCGCUGUGGUUCUUCUGCUGGCCCGGGGAUCGGCCUGGGGCCCCGACUCCGGCCAAGACUGUUUAG